UGACAGGAGUAUAUAUUAUGAGAAAUAAUAAAGUGAUACGUGUGAUAAAGUGAUUAAGUGACGUGUUUAGUUAUAAGUAUUCAGUGAAUACUUAUAACUAAAAAAGUUCAGUGUUCAAUAAAGUGCUUAGAUUCGACGUAUCUAGGAAACAGAAAACCAGAUAAAGGCCGAAUUUCUAUACGGAGAAUAGUUUAUCUGUGCAAAAAUUGUACAGAUUUUCGAUUUUCUUGAAGCACUUUGAUCUUAGCUUUGUGUUGCAGAUAUUAUUUUGAGAGAACGUUAUAAAAGAUGGAAAAGAUGUUGGCCCAGAAAUCAAACGGAUGGUGUGUUGUCAAGGAAUGCAAUAAAAAUAAUGUGGAAAAACGACACUUGUUUCGGUUUCCAAAGGAACAUGACAGAUGCUUGCAAUGGAUACGUGCGUGUGACAGAUUGGAUUUGGAAGCAAUGGGUGCAGAAUAUGCCCAUUGUAAUUAUCGAGUGUGCCACUUACAUUUUGAAGAAAAGUGGUACAAUAUAAGUAAGACUAGAGCUCAUCUUCAUCCAGAUGCAAUACCUACAAAGUUUUUUGAAAGAAAUAACGAAUCCAUUACGACAACAUUAGUAAAAAUAAAUGAUGAAGAGAAGAUAAAUGAUGAAAUACCUAUAGAAGACAAUAUUUGUAUUUCAGAACACGAUAAAAUAAACAGAAUUUCACCAACAAUUGCCAACCAAUCAUUGGCUGCGUUCAGCAGAGAAAAUUAUUAUUUGUUCUCUUAUUGCGUUUAUAUUUUGUAA